AUGGCAGGAUUUGUCCACGAUGUUCAGAAAAAGCAGCAUAGAGAGAGAUCUCAACCCCAGAGGAGAAAGCGUUUGGGAUUGUUGGAAAAAAAGAAAGAUUACAGACUUAGAGCAGCAGAUUUUCACAAGAAACAAGCACAGCUCAAAAUCUUAAAGAAUAAAGCCAAGUCCUACAAUGAGGACGAGUAUUAUCAUGCUAUGACGAGAAAUCAUACGGAUGCACGUGGUAUCCUAAUAUCUGAUAGGGAUCAGGAAUCACUCACAAACGAUGAAGUGAUGCUUCUUAAAACACAGGAUACAGGAUAUUUAACAACUAUAGCACAGAGAGAGGCAAAGAAGAUAGAAAAGGAGUUGAAAGACAGCAGUACGUUCAAGAGCUCUGGAAAGCACACAGUGUUUGUUUCAUCGAGAGAUGAGCUUGAAACAUUUGAUCCGGUGAAAUAUUUCGAUACCGAUGCUUCAUUAUUAUACAACAGGGAGAAUAGACUUCGACUUCGACAGCUUAGCGGAAAAUCAGAAGAUGGAAAGUUGAAUCCAUUGCCUAUAGUAGGCAAAAUCGAUGAUGCUGAAGGAUAUGACAAGGCGGUGAAAGAUGUUGAGAAGUUAAAACGCUUGACUAGGAUAAAAGAGAGGAUGCAAAGAAAGAAGAAGCUUCAGGGUAUUAACAGCAGAUUAGACAUGCAGAAACAGUUGAUGAAUGGAGGAAAUGUAAAGAAGAUCCCAAAUUCAGACGGGAAGUCCACCUACAAGUGGAAGAAUCAGAGAAAGAAGUGA